UACUUUGACUGUUUCCAAUACGUUAACAACUUUUGGCUUUGAUAAUCGAGCCAUUGAAAAAAAAACAAAAUUAUUUCUUUAAUGUUUUUUUUUCUUUUUGGGUAAAAGAAAGUUUCUUCUUUUGCUGCAACUUGGAAAAAAUUUCGAUUUCUCGAGAGAGAGAUAUAAGAGAGAAGGAGGGAGAUCACACAAAAAAAGACUUUAAAUUUGUGAAACAAUUUUAUUUCUAGGGUUUUGUUUGAUUUAUCUUUGAUUCUUUUCUCUCUCUCUUUCUCUCUGUUUGGAGAAGAAAAAAAAAAAAAAAAAUGAAACUUCUGGGUUUGUUCUUCUUGCUGUUUAAUCUGUUUGUGUUUUCAUUUUCUCGGAAACUUCUCGUAACACCAAAGAGUGGUGGUCUUCACGACGACGAAGCUGUUCUGUUGUUGAAGCUGAAGAGUAGUUUCUCUGAUCCAAAUGGAGUUCUUUCUAGUUGGGUUUCCGACAGCUCAUCAAACCAUUGUUCUUGGUACGGUGUUGUCUGCAACUCUGAUUUGAGAGUCGUCUCUUUGAUUCUCAGAGGCUGUGAUGAGGUGGAAGGUGGUGGUAGUAGUAGUAGUCGUAGUCUUCAUUCCCCUGAUUUGUCUUCUUGUUCAAGCAGAAGACUUGGUGGUGAGAUCUCUCCUGUUGUGGGAGGUUUGUCUGAAAUUAGGGUUUUGUCUCUUGCUUUUAAUGAUCUGAGAGGUGAGAUUCCAAAGGAGAUUUGGGGGUUGGAGAAAUUAGAGAUUCUUGAUCUUGAAGGUAACAGCUUUAUGGGUGGGGUUAGGGUUCUUGAUCCGUUGAAAAAAUUUGGAUUUUCAAGUUUCUUAAGCAAUGUUGUUUCUAGGAGGAGACUUAUGAGUUAUGAGGAUGAAGACGAAGUUGGUCCAACCUCAGUUGCUGAUGAUUCCUCUGGUAAAUCUGGAUUGUAUCCGAUUGAGAUUGCUUCGAUUGUGUCAGCUUCAGUAAUCGUCUUUGUGCUUCUUGUUCUUGUGCUCUUGUUCAUCUACACGAAGAGAUGGAAACGAAACUCUCAGAUUCGUGUUGAUGAGAUCAAGGAGAUUAAAGUGUUUGUGGACAUUGGUAUCCCUCUGACGUAUGAGAUCAUUGUUAGAGCUACUGGUUACUUCAGCAACUCUAACUGUAUUGGUCAUGGUGGUUUUGGUUCGACUUAUAAAGCAGAGGUGUCUCCAACGAAUGUGUUUGCUGUUAAAAGACUCUCUGUUGGGAGGUUUCAAGGAGAUCAACAGUUUCAUGCUGAGAUCUCGGCUCUUGAAAUGGUUAGGCAUCCGAAUCUUGUUAUGUUGGUUGGUUACCAUGCGAGUGAAACUGAGAUGUUUCUUAUCUACAACUACUUAUCUGGUGGGAACCUUGAAGACUUCAUCAAAGAAAGAUCACAAUCAGCUCUUGAGUGGAAGGUUCUUCACAAGAUUGCUCUUGAUGUAGCGCGUGCUCUAGCCUAUCUUCACGAGCAAUGCUCUCCUAAAGUCUUGCAUAGAGACAUCAAACCGAGUAACAUACUCUUGGACGACAAGAACAACGCCUAUCUAUCCGAUUUCGGACUCUCGAAACUCUUGGGAACUUCGGAGUCUCAUGUCACAACAGGUGUGGCUGGAACAUUCGGGUAUGUUGCUCCAGAAUACGCAAUGACAUGCCGUGUCUCUGAGAAAGCAGAUGUUUACAGCUACGGUAUUGUCCUCUUGGAGCUGAUAUCAGACAAACGAGCUCUAGACCCUUCUUUCUCAUCUCAUGAGAACGGGUUUAACAUUGUCUCCUGGGCUCAUAUGAUGUUGAGUCAAGGCAAAGCCAAAGAAGUCUUCACCAAGGGACUAUGGGAGACUGGUCCUCCAGACGAUCUGGUUGAGGUUCUGCAUUUGGCUCUCAAAUGCACCGUUGAUAGCCUCUCGGUAAGGCCAACGAUGAAACAAGCUGUUAGACUGUUGAAACGAAUCCAGCCUAAUAAGUUGUGAUACAAAGCUAGAAGACCAAGAAGAAGAAGUGUGUGUUUAGAGUAUCUAUCUGUACAGCAGCAGUAAACAAGUGCGUAGCCAUUAGAAAUCUUUUUCAAGUAUGUUCUUUUAUGUUCAGAGUAGGGAGGUUUAUCAUCUUGUAUUACCUAUUCACCAUAUGCAUUAACCAUCAAAAUGUUAUUCUCAUUCUAAUCUCUUAAACUGAUAUAAAUGAUGUUUCUCCGUGA